GAUGUCUCCUGAGUGUUUGGGUAGUUUUAAACGGUAAACUGUUAGCUCUUUUAUAUAGCCUGCUAACUGUUAGUUGGGUCUGUAAUCAUGGAGCGCACAGCCAGCGUCAACGCGGAUCCUGCGCAGCUCUCUGACAGCCAUGGUCGUUGGCGCAACUGGAUAGGCUUUUGGUGCCUUGGAUUGUGCAACAACUUUGCCUAUGUGGUAAUGCUGAGCGCCGCUCAUGACAUCCUUAAAAAACAACAGUCAGAAAACGCCACUGAACCUACUUCAACAAUCGCAUUUGGUGUGGACUUUCAAGGUGGGAAAAGCAGCAACAGUAGCCGCUAUGACUGCAACCCUGUUUCUACUGCGGCUGUGCUGUUAGCCGACAUCCUCCCAACACUCCUCAUCAAGCUGUUUGCUCCCUUUGUAAUCCACAAAAUGCCUUAUGGUGUCCGAGUGUUGUUCUGCGUCGCCAUGGCAGCAACAAGUUUCCUCCUCGUGUCUUUCUCCUCAGCUGUGUGGAUGAGCAUUCUGGGAGUGAUCUUUGCCAGUAUCGGUUCUGGGCUGGGAGAAUUGUCCUUCCUGUCGCUCACUGUCUACUUCAACAGGAAUGUACUGGCAGGCUGGGGAUCAGGUACUGGUGGCGCCGGUGUUGCAGGAGCCCUCCUAUACUCAGGCCUCACCCAAGCUGGCCUGUCACCCCAAAUUACACUCCUCAUCAUGCUGGUGGUCCCGUUAUUUAUGUUAAUUAGCUAUUUUGUCCUGCUGGUUCCUCCAUCUUCAUUACCUCAGUGGAAAAACAGCGAGACAGAAUAUGGAGCUGUGGACUCAGAGGAGAGACGGCAGCUGAUGGAUGGAUCGGAUGAAGAGGAGCAGGACAAAUCAACCCGAGCGGCCCGAAGUACUGGACCUCUUACCUUCACAGAGAAACUGCAUGUCAUCAAAGGCUUGCUGAAGUUUGUGGGUCCUCUGGGACUGGUCUAUUUUGCGGAGUACUUCAUUAACCAGGGCUUGAUGGAACUCCUGUAUUUCCCAAAGUUUUUCCUGUCCCACGCAGAGCAGUAUCGCUGGUAUCAGACGCUCUAUCAGGUGGGUGUGCUGGUGUCUCGGUCCUCCCUGUGCUGUGUGAAGAUCAGGAGAGUGUGGGUACUGUCUCUGCUACAGGUGGUGAAUGCAGUGCUGCUUCUGUUCGCAGUGGGUUACCUGUUCCUGCCCAGCGCCUGGCUGGUGUUUGCCAUAAUCCUAUAUGAGGGUCUGCUGGGUGGAGCUGCGUAUGUCAACACCUUCUACUUCAUCAGCAAGGAGACUGAAGACAGACAGAGGGAGUUUGCCAUGGCUGCUGCAAGUGUAGGAGACAGUCUGGGUAUAGCACUGGCUGGACUGGCUGCUUUCCCCAUCCACAGACACUUCUGCUCUCUAUGACCCAGCCCACACACUGACCACUCACUACUGACGAUGAAUAAGCAAGACGUGGGUGCGUUCCAUGCGAGGAAUAUUAUUAUUUUAUUUGUGAAACGAGUUUGAGAUGAUCUGACUAAAGCAGACUUUACUUGUACAUACAGAUGCCAUAUUAAAAGGCACACUAUGCAGAUUCCUGAUCACACUGAGUGAGCCACACAGAGAGAGAAUCACUUACCAAUGGAUAAACCUUUUCACCCAUUCCUGGUGAUCCACCAUUCACAUCCACAUGUCAGGUCAUGCUGUGAGCAACCAUGAUCCUAUGACAUAAGUGGUUUUCCAUACUACUGGAAGGCAUGGUGGUAAAACCUUUAAUAUUGUGUGUUUGAAGUUUGCUAGUUUGCACAAAUUGCACUAAAAGAGGAAGUGAUGAUGCUGUCAUAUAAUGCAGUGAAUGCUCAUAGCUUGUUUUAUAGGCCAACAUUGGUUGUGCACUUACCUCACUGACAAACUGCGUUUCCUGUGGCUGUUUUACAAGAAAAUCCUUAAUGAUGCUCACACAACAUUUUUUUAAUUUGAUGUAGCCACAGCAGGACUGCAAAUGUUCAGUUUGCAUUCAUUUAACACAGUAGAUGUGAUACAGCUGCAGGAGAGGAAGCAAAAUGAAGAAAUGCAUCUGAUUAUUUUAACAGUUAAAUGUAAUAAUGUGAUGUGUUCCUGAUAAGACAGGAGCAGAGAAACGCAUCUCAUCUUCAAAAAUAGCACCAACUGUAAAGCUUACUGUUAACAGAAAGUAACAACUGACUACAGGAGUUCAAGAUAAAACCUGUUAUUUUCUUGACCCUUUCUUACUGAGUGGUCUCUUUUAGAGUAAUCUAGUCUUCACAUUUUAAAGUGUUAACCUCUGCCUGCCAUUCAGUGCUGGCAACCUAUAUUACAAGGGACCUAGUGCAACUUCAAAAUCAAAGAUGGGUCAAUAGAAUGAUUGGUAGUUCAGGACUUGUCUGACAUAACACAUAACAAACUUUAAGUGAUAAUGACACAUUUUUAAAUGUUUUGUUUUAUUUGCUGCUGGUGGUUUUAGAUAUUUUUAUUAUUAUACUUUCAUUGUUACAUGUUGUGUCCUCAAUCAUGGGCACAACCAAAGCAACCAACCAUUGCAUACUGACGGUUUCAAACAUAAUUUUAACUCACAUAUAAGUAACUCUGCAUCACUAGAAUAAUCCCAUUCAGUAGUGAGGAGCUCUCGAGCCUAUGACAGCAUUUUAAGGUGCCUUCUGCUUUCUUAAAAUCAGGUUGAAUCAGGUUAUUUCUUAACUAAUGACUCAGAAUGAACAGAAUGUUGAUGCUUUUAUUUUGAAACUGAAAACGGAUCAUGAUUGAAAAAAAGACUUUUAGAGGAGAGAGGUCUGUUUAUGUGGACUUUUAAAUGAAAUCAGUGAAAAGGUGUCAUGACAAAAUAUGCAAAAUAAUAGGAACAUAUUUUUGGAUGUGCCUGUUGACAUGUGCACUUUUUUGCUCAUUUGCUGCACAAAAAACUCCUUGUCCUGGUUUCACAUGUUCAUUUACAAACUGAUUAUUAAUAACAAAAUCAUGAUGAACUUUUUUUUGGUACUUGUGUUCACAUCAUGUGUUCUCUUAUAUAGAACUUGUUUCACACACCAGGGGUCACAUUCCCACUGCAACUUUAACUACCAUUGUUUUACAUUAUGCUGCUACUGUUAAAUUGUCAUCACCUUGAUACAACUCAAUGAUAUUGUUUUUAUGCCAGUGCUUUUUUCUCUCUCAUAUUUUUACAUUAUUAAUAUAUUUGGAGGUACUGUUGACUUAACUGCGUAAGAUGUAGUUAUUGCAUAUUUGAUUUCAUCAAUCCAGGUUUUAAGUGUUGAAUAAAGGCCUAAAGAUU